AUAUCCCAGUGACCUGCACAUAUACAUCCAGAUGGCCUGAAGUUACUGAAGAUCCACAGAAGUGAAAAUAGCCUUAACUGAUGACAUUGCACCAUUGUGAUUUGUUACUGCCCCACCCUAACUGAUCAAUGUACUUUGUAAUCUCUCCCACCCUUAAGAAGGUUCUUUUUAAUUCUCCCCACCCUUGAGAAUGUACUUUGUGAGAUCCACCCCCUGCCCGCAAAACAUUGCUCCAAACUCCACCACCUAUCCCCAAACCUGUAAGAACUAAUGAUAAUCCACCACUCUUUGCUGACUCCUUUUUUGGACUUAGCCCGCCUGCACCCAGGUGAAAUAAACAGCCAUGUUGCUCAUACAAAGCCUGUUUGGUGGCCUCUUCACACGGACACGUGAGACAGUCUCCAACUCCUGGCCUCAACUGAUCCACUCUCAUUGGCCUCCCAAGGUGCUGGGAUUAUAGGCAUGAGCCACCGCACCUGGCUCAAUCAUUGCUGUUUCUCAUGGAGACCCUUGAUACUCAGAGUGUGGUCCAUGGAUCAGAGUCUCAACAUCACCUGGGAACAUAGUUAUCACCUGCCCCUCUGUCUCCCUACCCAGCCCCCAAGCCCCCCCACCAAGCCUCCACUGCGCAUGUGCCGUGCAUCCCUGCCCCUUCUGGGUACCCGUAGGCGCUCCCGGGCGCUGGCGGCGGCGGAGGAGAUGGAGCAGCGUCACGGGCGCCCGGCCCGUUAAAACGCUGCUGGCUGGAGCCACCUCCCUCCCUGCAGCCCGCAGCGGGAAUGGAGUAAAGGGAGACCCGUCGACCUGGCCACGGGGAUCAGCGAUGGAAUUAAAGCAAUCUUUGUCCGCCCAUCUGGAAGCCGAGAAGCCUCUGAGGCGCUAUGGGGCGGUGGAGGAGACGGCUUGGAAAACGGAGAGACUGGGGAGAAAUCAGCUGGACAUCAUCUCCAUGGCGGAGACAACCAUGAUGCCAGAGGAGAUUGAGCUGGAGAUGGCAAAAAUUCAGCGUCUCCGGGAAGUCUUGGUCCGCCGGGAGUCUGAGCUCAGGUUCAUGAUGGAUGACAUCCAGCUCUGCAAGGACAUCAUGGACUUGAAGCAGGAGCUGCAGAACUUGGUCGCCAUCCCAGAAAAAGAAAAAACCAAACUGCAGAAGCAGAGAGAGGAUGAGCUAAUCCAGAAGAUCCACAAACUGGUGCAGAAGAGAGACUUCCUGGUGGACGAUGCGGAGGUCGAGCGGUUAAGGGAGCAAGAAGAAGACAAGGAAAUGGCUGAUUUCCUGAGAAUCAAGUUAAAACCUCUAGACAAAGUAACCAAAUCUCCAGCCAGCUCCCGGGCAGAGAAGAAAGCAGAGCCCCCACCUAGCAAGCCCACGGUGGCCAAGACGGGGCUGGCACUGAUCAAGGAUUGUUGCGGGGCCACCCAGUGCAACAUCAUGUAGCCCCCACGUGGGGUGCCCUGGGCCAUGGGGACCCCCCCCACCCUCUUGUCUUUAUAGCCCCCAUUUCACCGGGGCCCAAGAGCUCUCCAAGGCAGAAGGGGUUGAAGGCAAGCCCGUGACUGUCACCAGAGGCCAUGGGCACGGCAGGCGGGCCUGGCCACCCUGUACAGAGUGUAGCAGUAGGGAGUCCCUCACCGUCGCAUGGUCCUCCCCAGAGCAUGCCGAACCCAGGAGUCUGUCUCACUGUUUAUCCAACCACCAGGAAAAGUCCUCCCUCAAAAAAGCAUAUCUCCACUUCUCUCUAGCUGUAUCUAACCCACCGUGUGAAUGAACUGGGAGAGGGGCAUGCUCUCCAGCUGUGUGUAGUCGUGACUUCUCAACAAUCUAGCACCAUGUCGGACACGUUCCCCAUCCACCCUCCUAGCUCUGCUCUCAGAGCUAGGCACAUGGGCACAGGUCCCCUCCCGUCUGUCCUCUCCCAGCAACUGUGCCCUGGAGGGCUCCACGUGGCCCCCGUGUCUCUCGGGCACCACCCAUAUAGCAGUCCCAGAGACCCAGAGGGCCCAUUUGUAAAGAUCGAGCUUGUGUGUGGUGUCGUGGUCACAUCUCCCGCUUCCCCCCAUCCUGUGUCUGGGCACAGUUCACAUCAGGACAGCGUGCACUGUGCUCUCAGUCUGCCUCAGGUGUGUGCCUGGAGGGGGCCUGGACUGGCAUGGAUCCAGUGUGCAGAAGAGCCAGCAGGGAACCGGAAGCUCUGAUGUCAAGGCCAGAGCAGUUGAGAAUGGGACCCAGAGUAGAUGCUGACCUGGGCACUCCACCAUUCCGGGGCCACCAGAGAGAUGCCAGCAGGAUGCCACUUUGCCAGCCCGACACACGGACCUUUGUAAAGAACAGCAACAGGCGGGAGAGGCAGCGUGUGACCAGAUUGUGUCCCGUCAUUGGGUGGCAUAUGUUAACUAGCUGCCAAACAACUUCAACCCGUGUAAUUCCAUGUACAUUUGCAACAGCCAGCCCGGUACAGCCUGUGUGACUUCUCUGUAUGUGUGUGUGUGUCGUGACCGGCCUAAGUAGUUAGCAUAACUCAAGAUGCUGAUGUGCAGUCACCCAUCAGAGAAAAUAAAAAUGGAAACCACGUUCACGGCAUUUUAAAA